AUGCGUCUUAAACCAAAAGCAACGUCGCCCGUUUGGCUUGGGAGGAAGCUUGAUGGAAACCCGUUUGGUAUACCACCUCUAGAACUAGCUAUCUCCAACUGGGAACGUCUAUAA